AUAAGCUUUAGAAGCGAUACUCCAGCGCCAGAGUCUAUGGAUUGGCGUGACAGCCAUGCAGUGACGCCUGUGAAGGAUCAAAAGCGCUGCAAUUCUUGCUGGGCCUUUGCCACGAUGGGUGCGCUGGAGAGUCAUUUGUAUCUGAAGACGAAGAAGCUGCGCAGUCUGUCCGCGCAGUAUUUGGUGGAUUGCAGCAAUCGUAAGCCGUAUGGCAACAGUGCCUGCCAUGGCGGCGGCCUGGUCUCCUCCUAUGAAUUUAUAAAGGAUAAAGGCGCUUGCACUACAGACAGCUAUCGGUAUAAGGGCAAGCAAAGAGCCUGCAAUUAUGGAUGCAGAAUUGGUGCUAAGAUAGACGACAUUGUGGCCCUAACCGAUGCCAGUGAGGAGGAGCUGAAGGAUAUUGUGGGCAACAUUGGUCCCAUAGCUGUAACCAUAAACGCCAAUAGCUGGAAACAGUAUAGCCAAAGCGUCUUUAACAACAAGAACUGCGACACAACGUCGAACCAUGCGGUGCUUAUUGUGGGCUACGGCCACGAUAACCAGACUGGCCUGGAUUACUGGCUGCUGAAGAACUCCUGGGGCGCAGACUGGGGCGAGCGUGGCUAUAUGCGCCUGGCACGCAACAAGCAAAAUCAAUGCGGCAUAGGCAAAAUUGCAGCCUAUCCGAUUGUGGCAGUCUAAUCAAAUGUAU